AUGAAGGAAAAAUUUAUAUUUAUCGAUGAGAGCGGGUUUUCAAUAUCAAUGAGGCGAUUAUAUGGAUAUUCCCAAAUAAAUAAAAAGGCAAUUAAAAAUGUUCAAGGAAUAAAGACAAUAAAUUACACUAUCAUUGCGGCUCUCACAAUUGCAGGAAUAUUUCGAUUCGAAGUUCUUGAUGGCCCUUGCAAUGCUAUAUAUUUUAGCAACUAUAUAAAUGAAAUAUUAAAUCAUUUUGAAGAACCUAACAUGAUUAAUAUGAUUUUUGUGAUGGAUAAUGUUCCAUUUCAUCACAAUCAUUCAAUUAGGGAAUCGAUCGAAAGAAAAGGACAUACAUUGAAAUAUUUACCACCCUACAGUCCGUAUCUUAAUCCUAUAGAGAAUGUGUUUUUUCAAUGGAAGGAUUUUGUCAGAAAUAAAAAUCCUAGUAACGAGGAAGAAUUAAUUCGUUAUAUAGAACAUGGAGAAAGAGGAAUAUCUGAAGAAAAUGCAAAAAAUUAUUUUAGAAAUAUGGAGACAUAUAUCCCAUGUAGAAGGGGAGAAAUUAUUAAUGAUUAA